AUCACUGGCUGGAGAGAUAAGGCCGUGUUUGCGAGGUCCAAGUCCAAGUGUUCAGUUCCGCUCAGUCCGUCCGUUGGCCGAGUGAAGAACCGCCCGGGUCUACGCGCCAUGGCAGGCUUCCCCCGCGUCUGUGGAGCCUUCUUGCUGCUGUGUCUGCUGCCCUGGUGUGAGGGGGGCAACAUCCUGGUGUUCCCCGUGGAUGGCAGCCACUGGGUCAACAUGAAGGUCCUGCUGGAGGAGUUGCACCAGCGGGGUCACAGCCUGACCGUCAUCCGAGAAGCCCACAGCAUGUACAUCGCAGAGACCUCGCCCCUCUACACCGCCAUCACCAUCAACGUGCAGGGGAAGUGGGGGGACUUCUUCGACUUCCUGCAGGACGUCAUUCGGGGCCUCCGACAAGGACGUCAAAUGCACCAAGAGUUCUUUAACAAGAUCCUAGACUUCCAUUCCUUCUGGGCUGAAUCCCUCAAUCACCUCCUGGACGAUGAAGCCAUGGUCCGAAGGUUAAAGGACUCCCACUUCGACCUGGUCAUCUCUGACCCGGCACUCUUGGUCGGAGUCGUACUCGCCAAGUAUCUGGAGCUGCCGGUGGUGCUCAACGUGCGCUGGAUCCCAGGCGACGAAGGUCAUUUUGCAAUCGCCCCCUCUCCUCUCUCCUACGUCCCAGUGCCGGGGUCCGGCUUGACGGACAAGAUGGACUUCUUCCAGAGGGUGAAGAACGUGCUUUUGUACAGCGUCUCCACUUUCCAGCGUAAGUUCUACUUGGAUCCCGUGUUCAACGCCGUCUGUGAGAAACACCUAAAGGCCGGCUGUGACUGCACCUCGCUGGUUCAGGGUGCCGACAUUUGGCUCUUUCGCUCCGAUUUCGUCUUUGACUUCCCGCGGCCCACCAUGCCCAACGUGGUCUACAUCGCAGGCUUCCAGUGCAAACCAGCCAACCCCCUGCCGGCGGACCUGGAGGACUUUGUUCAGAGUGCCGGAGAGGACGGCGUCGUGGUCAUGAGCCUGGGGACCUUGGUGAACGCCAUGCCCCCGGAGGACGCUGAAGAAGUGGCAGCCGUCUUUGCUAAGUUGCCUCAGAAGGUCAUUUGGCGGCACAAAGGACCUCGGCCUUCCACGGCGGGCAACAACACCCUGAUUGUGGACUGGAUGCCCCAGAUGGACCUGCUGGGCCACCCUCAGGUGAAACUCUUUGUGGCUCACGGAGGAACCAACGGACUCCAGGAGGCCAUCUACUACGGCGUCCCCGUCCUGGGCAUCCCCUUGUUCUUCGACCAGCCCGACAACCUGCUGCGCCUGCAGGAGCGAGGCGCCGCCAAGAUCCUGGAGCUGGACCAGCUCACCCAAGGCUUCGAGGAGAGUCUGAAGGAGGUCCUCCACCAGGACGGCUACAGGCGGAACAUGCAGAGGCUGUCGCGUCUGCACCGGGACCAGCCCACGGCGCCCAUGGACCGGGCCGUUUUCUGGGUGGAGUAUGUGAUGCGCCACAAGGGGGCGCCUCACCUGCGCACGCAGGCCUACGAGAUGGCGUGGUACGCGUACUACGGCCUGGACCUGGUCCUGGUGCUGGCGACCACCGCGACUGUCCUGCUGCUGUCUGCUGCGGCUCUCUUCAGGUUCCUCUGCUGCAAGAAGAAGAAGAAAAACAAACAACAAUAACUUUGUUCCAAACAUGUGGUGGGGAAAUCAAAUACUGUACAAAGUAUUCAUAUUUACUUGUAAUAUAACAUCAAGUUCCUCAAAGUGUGGCCUGGCGGCCUUUUGUAGCCCACAGACUGAGUGAAAAAAGAUUUAAAAAAUCAGAAUGGAAUGACAAUAAUUGAUAAUAAUAUACAUAUUUACCUACAACACAAAGCUGACACAAGGUUUUGUCUUUAAAUAUGUAUAAAAAUCUGUUUUUAGCUUUUUUUUUUAAAUAAAAAAAAAAGUGGAAAAAUUUUAGAUUUGAAGCUCUA